AUGCCACCACGUUCCUCUGCUGCAGCGUUCUCAUCUUUUCAAUCUCCAUUGCUUCUUCAAGACGUGGCGAAUCGCAAGCUCCACGUCAUCAACAUCCACUUGGCAGACCUUGUUGCGUACGGCGGGGGCAGCAACGACGAGUUUGUGGCGCGCAUCUACGGCAAUGCGCGGCGCUACAUCACGCUGUUCGCCGAGGCUGCAGACGACCUCAUGCCGGAGCCAUCGCUGGCAGCGAGUGGGGAGGAGAGGGAGGAGGACGUGUACGACGUGCUCAUGCGGCAGAGGGCGGAGCAGCACACGGAGAACCUCGCUCAGGGCGACGCUGCUGUGGCCGCUGUCGACCCGCUCUUCCAGCUGCCCGCCCUGCUGCGCCGCCGCUUCGACGUGCACUUGGUGCCGGAGCCGAAGCGCAAGGCGCAGGCGAUACGGGAGGUGGGGGCAGGGCAGAUAGGGCGCCUGGUGGUGGUGAAGGGCAUCGUCACACGCUGCACAGAUGUGAAACCGCUGCUGCAGGUCGCCACGUACACAUGUGAUGAGUGUGGCUUCGAGAUCUACCAGGCGCGCAUACAGGAGCUGGCAGAGCAGGUGCCCAAGGGGCAUGUGCCGCGCGCAAUGACAGUGCAGAUCCGGGGCGACCUCACUCGCCAGGUAUCACCGGGGGACGUGGUUAGUGUGGCGGGGGUGUUCCUACCGGUGCCGUUCGUGGGCUUUAAGGCCAUGCGGGCAGGCCUCACGGCCGACACAUACCUGGAGGCCAUGUCGUUCCACCACUUCAAAAAACGCUUUUCCGAGUACGCGAGUGAGCAGACGCCAGAGGAGGCAGCGGCGGUGCAGCAGCUGGCAGCGCAGGGCAGCAGCGACGUGUUCAGCCGCCUGGCGCGGUCCAUCGCUCCCGAGAUCUAUGGGCACGAUGACGUGAAGAAGGUGCUGCUGCUGCUGCUCGUGGGCGCGCCCACCCGCACCCUGCCCGAUGGCAUGAAGAUCCGCGGGGACAUGCACGUGUGUCUGAUGGGCGACCCCGGGGUGGCCAAGAGCCAGCUGCUGAAGCACAUCAUCACCGUGGCGCCGCGCGGCGUGUACACCACGGGCAAGGGCAGCAGCGGCGUGGGGCUCACUGCUGCUGUCACGCGCGACACCGUCACUGGCGAGAUGGUGCUGGAGGGCGGCGCUCUGGUGCUAGCGGACAUGGGCAUCUGUGCCAUCGACGAGUUCGACAAGAUGGAUGAGAACGACCGCACCGCCAUCCAUGAGGUGAUGGAGCAGCAGACGGUGAGCAUCGCCAAGGCGGGCAUCACCACGUCCCUCAAUGCUCGCACCGCUGUGCUCGCUGCUGCCAACCCCGCCUGGGGGCGCUACGACAUGAGGAGGACGCCAGCGGAGAACAUCAACCUGCCGCCCGCACUGCUCUCCAGAUUCGAUAUCCUCUGGCUCAUGCUCGACCGUGCUGACGUGGACGCUGAUCUGGCGCUCGCCCGCCACGUGCUGCACGUGCACCAGCACUCCGUGCCGCCCGCUCUUGACUUUGACCCCGUUGACCCAACUCUGCUCAGAAACUUCAUAGCCACGGCGCGGACGUACUCACCGAGUGUGCCGGAGGAGCUCACGGACUUCAUAGCGUCGGCCUAUGCGGGGCUAAGGCAGGAGGAGGCGGCCAGCGAUGCCCCGCACACCUACACCACCGCGCGCACCCUGCUCUCCAUCCUGCGCCUCGCUGAGGCUCGGGCGAGGCUGCGGCUGGCGGGGGCGGUGGCGCAGAGCGAUGUGGAGGAGGCGCUGAGGCUGAUGCACGGGUCCAAGGCGUCGCUGCAGACGGAGGCCCGGCAGCGCGCAGGGCUGGACGCCAUCUCCGCCGUCUACUCCAUCGUGCGCGACGAGGCUGCUCGCGCGCGCUGCACCGUGGUGUCGUACUCCGACGCCCUCAACUGGAUCACCCGCAAAGGUCACAGCGAGGCGGAGUUGAGGGAGUGUUUGGAGGACUAUGCCGAGCUCAAUGUGUGGCAGAUUGAUCAGGACUCCCUCACCAUCCGCUUCAUUGGCUCAUGA